ACCAAAGGCCGGUCCAGCAUGACGACCGUUCUGGAGACCCUCCCAAAUGUGGGAGAGGCGGCCAUGUUCACAGUGACUGGUUGGGUGCUUUCAGAGAAGGACCCUGACAUGGUUCCGCUGGGUUCGUACCCUGAAGAGCGCUUCGAUGAGCUGGCCCCCAAACAGAUGAUUGAACAGUUUAAGGAAGAGCUGUCCAUCCUCAGUGACGAAAUUACAACCAGAAACUCACAGCUGGAGGUCCCGUACCUGUACCUGGACCCACCUCUGAUCCAAAACAGCAUCACUAUUUAAGUCUGGUCCGCACCCCCCGA